CCCAGCCCCAUCAAAUCCGGACGGCAAAUCCGUGUCCUGACUGAUGGCACGCAGCAAUGGCAGGCUGGCAGCAUGCUGCAGAGGCGCUGGAGGGUCGCACGUUGCUGGCGGCCAUUUGCGCCCAGGAGGAGUGGGAGAAGGCUUUGUCUUUGCAUGCGACUAUGUGGUCUCCCAAUCUGAUCGUGCACAACGCCUUGUGUCGCCGCCUGCCCUGGCGGGCUGGCCUCAGUCUAACGCACAUGGCCAGGAGACUGGAGCCUGACAUCAUCUCCUACAAUUCCAUGGUGCACACCUGCGACAAGGCGCGGCAGUGGCAGCAAGCUUUGCGAUGCCUCCGUGGUGCUAGGACGCGGCUCCUGGAGGCCACGGUGAUCACCUGCUGCAGUGCCAUGAGCGCCUGCCUGGCGCUCGCCUGGCACUGCACCUUGCAAAUUGCUGCGGAGAUGCAGCGGUGCUUCCUGCAGCCAGAUGAUGCCAGCUCCAACCUGCUCACCGCCGCCUUCGCCAAAGCCCACGCGUGGGCAAACGCCAUUGGCAGCAGCGGGGUGACGGGGCUCAACGUGGCCAUGGCGGCGUAUGUCCGUGCGUCCGAGCGGCACAAGGCCUUGGAUCUUUUUGCAAGGAGCACAUCCCAUGACCUUGUGACUUACAACACGGCUCUCCAUGCCUGCGCCAUGGGAGGCUGGUGGCAGCUGGCCCUGGAGUUGCUGCGGCGAGCGCGGCGGAGGCGUUUGCGGGCGAACGCGGUGAGCUGCACGGCUGCGGUGGACGCCUGCGCCCGGGCCACGAAGUGGCAGCACGCGCUGGGACUCUUCAGCGUCAGCCGGGCCACACCCGCGAUGAAUGCCCUGCUGGCCCACCUGCACUGGGACGUAGCGUUGGAGCUGCCCGCCUCUUCAGAGCCCGACCUCACCACCUGGAAUCUCCUUCUGAGCGCCCGAGGCGCAAGCUGGCAGAUGGUCUCCUGGCUGCUUCCGCGAGCAGAAAGGCUUGGCGCCGAUCACUUCACCUGGACGGCGGCCGCCUUGAUGCUGCCCUGGCCUCGCUCCUUGGCGCUUCUGGGGAUGCCAGGCUUGGCGCCUGCGGCGGCCGCGGCGGUGAUGAAGACCUGCCGCUGGCGGCACGCGCUGCAGGUGCUGCGGAGCUUCCGAGCAGCUGGUGGCCAGGUGGAGGUCUUGUGCCUGGAGGCUGCGCUCAGAGCCUGCGACCAAAGGCAGUCGCGGAUCUGUGCGCAGAUCUGCCCGGAGUUGGGCCGGGCGGCCUUUGGCCCUUUGAGCUGCGUGAGCCGCGCUUCGGCCAAAGCCCAGCAGCCGGGGCUGACGGAUCCAGGUAGUGCUUGGCGGUGCCUACAAUGAGUGGUG